GGAGAAUAAAAUGUACAACGGACGACCAGAACCAGAGGUCAUAGUAAACUUUUCCGAUGGCAUGAGCUAUUCGAAAGCGAAGCUGGAAGAUGCAGUACGAAACAUUGUGCUUGACCGACAACCACCACCCAAAACCACAAAAGAUGCAGCAGUUGUAAAGCGAGAAGACGUAGACAUAAUAAUCAACGAAUUCGAGAUACCUAGGUCACAAGCAGAGAAGGUUCUGGCAGAACAUGGAGGAGACAUAUCCAACGCACUUCGAACCCUUGUAUCAUGAUUCACAAUUCAUUAGUCCCAGUCAAGCCGUGAAUUUAGAUGUAAUCCAUUAAAUGCCAUGAUUCAAUUUAAUAUCUGCUUCCUUUGAAAUGCGAUAAAGUGAUUGUGUUAUUGUCACUGCAGACCAUCCAGUUUUGUUCGAAUUCUUACAACUUCACGUCGCAUAUUGAAACAACUCAGGUCGGCGAAGCAUUGGAAGGUCGAACAUAUCAAAAUGAUAUCGUCACGCGUGGCUGGCCAGUGCAAAACGACAUAUUUAUCAUCCUGU